AUGUCUAUGAUCAACCAAGAAGACUCGGAUGAACCCGAAACCUUUCUCGGGUCUAAGCGUAAGAGUUUACAAAACAGCGAGGGUUCGAUCAAAAGGGCCAAACCCAUUUCGACCCAUCAUAUCAAGCAAGAACAAGUCUGUGAGGAGGAGCCGAUUGAGGCCGAAACGGGUCUUGGGUCUAAUGACCCUAGGAUACGAGUAAAGCAGGAAGUUCCUGAUGCCCAACAGGGUUUGAUCCACCAGCAAGAGAAUGUGAUGAAAACCCGAUCAGCAAUUUGGUCCGAAAUGCCCGAAAAUCAGGCGAAUACAAUCACAGGGGCUCGGAUUUCGACGUCUCAGGAGUCCAAAGCUAAGAGGGUGAAGAAGGAAGUUGCUGACUGUGAGUUGAUUUCGGUGCAACAUGUAAGACCUCAGAAUUUGGAGGAUGGCGAUUUCAAUAUUGAGCCGGAUUGGUUCUUGGUGGGAAGCACAUUGGUUUCUGCGGUUUCGACUAGUAAAGGCAUGAAAUUGUUGGACAAUGAGGUUGUUCAUCUCUCUUUUCCCACCUCAAAUUCCAGCUACAAAACCCAAUGGAUUGUUCGUUUCUCGACAAAAAGAUCGGGAGAGAUUGGUCGGUUUCCAAUGGAAUGGGCAAAAUGUGUUGUUCCUAUUGUGAAUUCUGGUAAGGUUAAAGUUCUUGGGCGGUUUAUGGGUGCGCCGAAGUUCCUAUCUAUGAUGCAAGAUAUCAUAUUGUCUGUAAGUUUCUUUCUCCACCAUUCAAUUUUUACGGAUGGAGAUAAUUAUACAGUUCCUCCUCUCCUUGGUGUGUUAAAUUUGCUAAAAAUCGAACCAUAUCAGAAGGCUGAAUUCACUGCCGAAGAACUUGAUUCCCAAAAAUGCAUUUUGGAUCUUCAACAUAUUCCCGAUCAAGCUACAUCAGUUUUGCGACUAGUAAAACGAGGAAGGGGUUGCCAACAGUAUAGAGAAGAAAACAAAGAUGAAGAAGCCAUUUCAGAGUCAUCAAUAAAUGAGACUGGUGAUGCAGCCGAUGUAUAUGACUUUGAGGAGAUGGCAAGUGCUCUCAUGUCUGAUCUGAGUCCAUACCAGAAACAAGCUCUCUAUCGGAUGUUGGAAUUAGAGAAGGGGAUUGAUGUUGAGAUAUCAGCACACACUCUUCAUCCUUGCUGGGUGGGAUAUCGUAUAUGUGAUGAGAGGGCUUCUUCAAUCUAUGUGAUCUUCUCAGGGGAGGCAACCACACAAUUUCCAACCAUAAUACAGAUGGCAAGAGGAGGAAUUAUUGCAGAUGCAAUGGGACUUGGGAAGACUGUGAUGACAAUUGCUCUGAUAAUUGCAAGACCAAGCAGAGAAAGCUCCAAAAAUAUUGAAAUUACAAAGAGGCAGAUAGAUUCACAUAGAAGCACCCCAUGGAAACCAAAGGGUGGCACUCUUGUUGUCUGUCCUGAGUCCUUUCUGAGCCAGUGGAAGGAUGAGCUUGAAACUCAUUCAGAGUCACAAGGGAUUUCCUUUCUUGUGUACGUUAGGGGAAGAGACAAUAACAAUAAAAUGAUCUCUGAAAAAGAUGUGGUGUUGACUGAAUAUGAUAUCUUGGCUGAUGCUUAUGCAAAGGAUAAGGAGAACAGCAUUUUCCACCAGGUCGAUUGGUAUAGGGUGGUGCUUGAUGAAGCUCACAAUAUCGAGUCUUCUUGUCCCCAAUAUGCUGAGGCUGCUUCUACCUUGUCGUCACAUUGCCGAUGGUGUUUGACAGGAACUCCCCUUCAGAUUAAUCUUGACGACAUCUACAGCCUCUUGUGCUUGUUGAAUGUUGAACCAUGGUGUGACUGGAUGUGGUGGAACAAAUUAAUUCAAAUGCCUUAUGAGAGUGGUGAUCCAAGAGGACAACGAUUGUUGAAGGCUAUAUUGAGCCCAUUGAUGCUAAGAAGAACAAAGGAGACGAAGGAUAAAGAUGGAAGGCCAAUACUGGUUCUCCCUCCUGACAUUCACAACAUCCAGUGUGAUCAGUCAGAAGCUGAACAUGAAUUUUAUGAAGCCCUUUUUCAGAGAUCAAAAGUCCAGUUUGAACAGAUUGUGGCGCAAGGCAAGGUUCUUCACAACUAUUCCAGUGUCCUUGAACUACUACUUAAAUUGAGGCAGUGUUGCAGCCACCCUUGUCUUGUUAUGAUGCAGGGUGAUUCACAUAAAUUUGCAGACUCAGACAAGCUUGCUAGAAGAUCCCUCGAAAGUAAUCAUGAUUCUCCAAUUGCAAAUCAGAUUAUCUCCACCCAAGCAUGUAUCGAAGAGGUUGUCAAGGGUAUCUGUGGGGGGAAAAGCAUAAAGUGUCCCAUAUGCUUGGAUUUUGCAGAUGAUCCUGUACGUACACCAUGUGCACAUGAGAUGUGCAGGGAGUGUCUCCUCUCAUGUUGGCCGAGACCAAGUUUUGGUCAAUGCCAAGUAUGUUUUAAUUGGAUUGGGAAAACUGACCUCAUAACUUGCAAAUCAGAAAACCGUUGCCAGUCAGAUAUUAAGGAAAUUUUGAAGGAGUCUUCAAAGGUUUCAAAGCUCUUGGAGUGCUUGGAACAUAUUGUUGAUUCAGGUUCCAAUGAAAAGAGCAUUGUUAUCAGCCAGUGGGCUUCAUUUUUGGAUCUCUUGGAGACCUCUAUGAAGAGAAGAGGAAUUGGCUGUGUAAGGUUUGAUGGAAAGCUGCCGGACAUGCAUAGGGACAGGGCAUUGGCUGAGUUCAGUAAGACCACGGACAAAAUGGUAUUGUUGAUGUCUCUGAAAACUGGUGGUGACGGUCUAGAUCUAACUGCAGCAUCUAAUGUCUUUCUAAUGGAUCCACCCUGGAAUCCAGAUGUUGAGGAGGAAGCAAUAAUGAGAAUUCUUCGUAAUAGACGGAAGCGAACUGCUUUUAUAAGAUUUAUUGUCAAGGACACGGUGGAGGAACGACUGCAGCAAGUUCAGGCGAGGAAGCAGCGGAUGAUUGCCGGAGCUCUCACUGAUAAGGAAGUUCAAUCUGCCAGGAUUGAGGAACUCAAAAUUCUUUUUACAUGAAUAUCAUUAGCAUUAGUUCCUUGUCUCUAUCUUUGGUUAUUAGAGGUGGGCUUUUUUUGGUGGUCUAAAACUUAAGGCCCGUAA